ACUCCGGGCAGCGGCACAUUGGGCAGGACUCCGGGCAGCGGCACAUUGGGCAGGACUCCGGGCAGCGGCACAUUGGGCAGGACUCCGGGCAGCGGCACAUCGGGCAGGACUCCGGGCAGCGGCACAUUGGGCAGGACUCCGGGCAGUGGCACAUCGAGCUGGACUCCGGGCAGAGGCACAUCGAGCUGGACUCCGGAUCACCAGGCGGAGCAGCGGGCACCAGGCGGGGCGACAGGCAUCGGGCCCCCAGGCGGAGCGGUGGGCGCCGGGCCCCCAGGCGGAGCGGCGGGCGCCGGGCCCCCAGGAGGGGCGACAGGCAUCGGGCCCCCAGGCGGGGCGACAGGCAUCGGGCCCCCAGGCAUGACAGCGGGCACUGGGUCAUCAGGCAUGGGAUUGUCUGGCUCGACAGCGGGCAUCGGUUCACCAGGUAUGACAGCGGGCACUGGGUCACCAGGCAUCAGGCUGGGUAGAAACAUCAUGCUGGGUGGAGGCAUCAGGCUGGGUGGAGGCAUCAGGCUGGGUGGAGGCAUCAGGCUGGGUGGAGGCAUCAGGCUGAAUGGAGGCAUCAGGCUGGGUAGAGGCAUCAGGCUGAAUUGUGGGUGC